AUGAUAGCGAAAGAAGAGAAAGCUCUCGAGAUUCCUGAAGUCUCUGAAGGGUACAAACUAUAUGCUGAGGCAAAGUAUCCAAGACAGCAUUAUCGCUACAUGGUCCAGUUGUUUAAAGACGCUAACCGUGUUAGCACGAGCACAAAGACAUUUGAAGAGAGACUCCUCGGAGAAUCUGAAAUAUCUUAUGUUGAGAAGGAUGAUGACGAGUUUGAUGCUCGGCUUCUCACUUUUUCACUGGCUCAAAUGAUAAGCCAGUCCGGGAGACCGGUGGGACUCAUCUCUCCAGCAUGGUCACUGGAUACAUCUGCUGAUCCUGCUGACUAUACUUUGAUUAAUAUUGGGAAUCUGAAAGAAAAUGAAUCAGACCCUGCCAUAUUCAUUCCAUUGAUUAUGGUAAACCGACCCUCACGUAAGACUAAAAAGAUUUUAACAUCCCGUCAUUUCGUGCUGGCAAUAAUGUAUAAAUCUAGGCGAUCAGCGAAUGUCACGCUUAUUGACCCUGCUCGAACCGGGAUCAAUGCCCGCGACUUUGAACACAUGUUUCAAAAAGUUUAUGAGAACGUUUUCUGUCCUCAAACCGGCGCAAAUCCGCAAGCCCAAAUCUUUGUUACGUCGAGUUCCAGUCAGUACUACUGGACGGAUGACGGCAACUUUACUGCAAAUUACGCGGUUUCUAAUGCAGAGGUCUACUUGCGCUCAAAUGGAAUGCCACCAAACCAGGUGCAACGUUGGCCACAUGGCCGAGCAGCAAAUUAUUCCAAUCGAAUUUUGAAUUCAAUCUUUUGCAGCUCUGCGACUGAUAACGUUUAUCAUCAGCUUUGCCUAGACUUUGAAAAUGAAACUAAGGCCGACAGUCCGCCGGCACCUCCAAGAAUGGCAGUUGCGAAAACGCAGCCUGCACCAAGGCCUCCAACUCCUCCUCCAUUCACUCCAAGGACCCAGACAAAGGGCAUGGUACGGAGGAGUCAAAAGGACUAUGUUCAAAAAGAAGAACUAAAACGGUCAAAGUCUUCCAAGAAAGGGCGGACCACCAUGCACUGUCAGGCCUCUCACAGUAGCGGCUAUUAUUAUCGGCACCCAUAUCACGUGGGUCUUUUCUACGAUUGCCCGCAUUGUCAGGCAUGGUUGCUUUCUGGAGAGACUUCUUCAGAAUGCUGUAAACACGGCCAAGUGGUCAUGCCAGACCUUCGAGACAUGCCUGAGUUUCAACAAAAUUUGGUUCUUGGAGAAGGGAGUUUCCCCUGA